AUGGGCUCGUCAAGCGACAGUCCUCAUGUUGGCUUCCCACAAGAUGAUCAGUACGGACACUUUGUCCCUCUGCUCGACAUUACUACCGCGAAGAAGGCCGAGGACUAUUCUCGCAACAAAGUCCAGAGCCAUCUCGCUCCAGAAAGCUGGUCUGAUAAACAACUCUUCCAGCACCUUCGUGGCACUGAUUUUUCUUCAGAGAUGACUGUUCUUCUCGACGAGAUGAUCAAGCGUCGCCCCGAGAUCCCAGAUGAGAAUGAUCGAAAUGCUGCCUUUCGUGAUUUUGCAGCGUACGAGAAGGAGCAGUACAGCCAGUCCACAUUUGAGGUCUACGAGGUUGGACACAACUGUAUCCCCGUCAAGCUCAGCACUGAUGGGAAUGGGGAUGAACCAUCGUCAGAUACCAGUGAUGGGCAACUUGAGAACUCAGCUGAUUCUGUAGAUGCGCCCACAGUCUGGGAGACUAUUCGAUCUGUCAACACCAACAAACAUUCAGUAGGCAGAAUCACAAUAGUCCAAGAGCCCACCCCUUUAAUCCUCGCAGCUCUUCAUCUGACCAUGUCCAAGCACUUUGAUAUGACUGAACUCCUCACCCAUCUCCUUUCUGAUGAGCCUAACCGUGGCCGUACUCGCGCCUUUAUGAACCGGGCUUAUGAGCGACCACGCUCCCCAAUCCCAUCUUCACUCCCAGCCGUACCAAGUUCCUUAUGCAACGUCCGCCAGAAAUCAUUUUUCUUUGUGUUCAAGUACUACACUGUGGUCAAGCCCUCUCUAGAACCGGCUUCCUGGCAGCGGUUCGAUAAGCGACCUUCUGAGGCUCGCCUUGGAGACCACAUUGACAUUGCAGAGUGUGGCUCUGUUCUAGCUCUAUCUCUCGGUGGAGAGCCUGAAAAGGCUCCUACCUGGCGAUUAAGAAGAGAACGUCCACGAGAAGGGUUUGUUUUCAACACUUUUGGACCAUGGCAGUUACUUGCUAUUCAAAGUUUUCCCGACAACGCCCACACGGUUCGAGGGGAAGAGUUCAUCAAAGAGAAUAAUAAGUACGUCAAUGGUCCACAUGCAUUCUUGGACUUGCUCAUCUCCGAGUAUCGUGAUGCGACAAAACGAAACCUAAUUCUCCAUGAGCGAAUUACCAAACUCAUCACUCCUCCUCCCGAGUUCAUGUUCGACCCCAAGCUCCGCGACAAGCUUCUCUUUGAAGACAGGCAUUUCACGUUUAUUCGCAGAUACUUUUGGUCGUACAACACUCUAGCCGUUGUCAACACGGGCAUCAAGUCAAUGAUCGCUGCGUAUGUCGACACAUUCACUGACAGUUUCUGGGCUGGAACUCAUCCAAUCUUGUGGCCGCAUCGAUACCCAGAUACGCCCGAUGGCGUAGCUUAUCGUGAGCGCAUGGCAUCUGUACGUCUCGAACUCGACAAGGUUGUCCAGGAGCUCACCGAUGUUCUCAAGCGCAAUGAGCGCACACGAAAGGAGAUUGAGAAUUUGAGGGAUCAGCUCUUCAGCGGAAGCUCGAUCAAGGAGAGCCGAAGAGCAAUUGAGCAAGGUGACAACAUCAGAAUACUCACCAUGAUCAGCAUGAUAUUUCUACCCCUGACUUUUGUAACGUCCGUCUUUGGUAUGACCGUCUUUACGAUUCCAGCAACAGACUGGCGUUUCGCUCUUACAAUGAUACUCGUUUGCGUCCCCUUUAUGCUCCUCAUCACGUUCCUUCAAACCCGCUCCUUUGGUGUCUUGCUGCGCAAACUCGGCGCCAUAGGUGGCGCGGUCGCUCACAUUUUCAAUAGUCUUCGGCGCCACGCACAAGAUUCUGCCGAUGUUUCUGACAAUCGGUCUGUCGCGGCCGUCGCACCAAAGACUAGCAGUGGCACAUGGUCACUGAGGGUACCGACAUGGACUCGAGAACGAAUCGAGGACUUAGAGAAGGGCGGAGUCGGGGAGUGUUCAAUGUAG